UGAAAUAUCUCAACAACCAUUGGAUGGAUUGCCAUGAAAUUUCAUACACACAUCAAUGGACCCUGGAGGAAGAAUCCUACAGAUUUUGAAUUGAAAGUACUGGAAUAUCUUACACAAGGAAGUGCGUGAUUCAGUUCUAGUUUGGUAUGUGCUGUGCCAGUAUAAAAGUGCCGGAGCAGGAGGUUUGUCCACAUACCAUCCAACAACAUGAAGGUCCUGUUUCUCGCACUGCUGCUGCUGCUGUGUAGCACUCAAGUGUUCACACUCAGAUGCUACACCUGUGAAGGUGAGAACGACGACAUCUGCAAGAAUGUGUCAGAAUGUCCGUCAUCAGCCCAGUACUGCAAGACCACUGACAUCGAUAACAAACUUUCUCGAACUUGUGAGGAUUUUUGUGCUGAAGACCUUUUCACAACCUGCUGCCAAGGAGACCUGUGCUAGACCUGAGGCAUCACUCAGCGAUUGCUUUCACUUUCUGAUGGAUCAAAGUUAAUUACAUAAUUACAUAAAUCUGAAUGUGAUGGAAGAUGAUUUGCUAGUUUAAAAUGCUUUAAUGUGACAGUUCUGUCCUUGAUUCCUUUUGCUUUUAUUUAAAGACUUUCAAUGAAAACUGCAAAUUCUGCCUCAUUCAUUAUCUCACAGCCUUCUCAAACUGCACAACACACUGGUAGUCACAGCUAUGUUUUUUUUUUUUUUUAUGAAACAGCACUAGAAGCAGUGCAACCACAUAUACACGCUAGCACACAUGCACACAAACGCACACUUAAUCCCUUCCUGAUGUCACUUAGUGGGUCACUGCAACAGCCUACUGCUAUGUGGGUCGCUGUCUGUCACUGCUGCAAUGUAAAGUUAGACUGCCUUUAGGGAUGCAUCUGUUUCAAACUCAUCAAGCAAAAAAGAAUAAAUCUUUUAAUUGAUAUCAUU